UAUCAUUCAGGUACCAGUCAACCAGAGAGAUGGAAAAAGAAGUGCCAUCAAAAUGCAUUUCCAAAUGGCAAGGCGUUUCACACAGUUCAACCCAGUGUCCAAGCCAAGGAAAGAGAGAAACAGGAAGAGAGAAGGAAGGAGAGAGGGAAAACCAUGGACAAAGAGAAGACUUGUAUUGGAGAAAUAUAACGGACAAGGAGACAAACACAUGUGGAGACAUGGAUGAAGCUAACAAACAAAAAAAGAGGUUCCUGCGUCCCCCGCCCCUUCUGCUUGGCCUGUUUUGUGGCCAUUUUAGUUCGGCUCCACCAGAUGUCAGGCCAGGAUGUGAAGAGCUACAAAAUCGUAACAGGUCACUGCUAAUCAAGAUGUCUUCAGCACCUGAACCCCCAUCCUCAAAAAAUGAGCCGCCCAAAGAGAAGGACUAUCGAAUUCCCGGCCUUCGGGGAGCCCGAACAACCACCUUAUUUCGAGCUGUGAAUCCAGAACUCUUCAUUAAACCCAAUAAACCCGUUAUGGCUUUUGGAUUGAUAACCCUUACACUCUGCGUGGCUUACAUCGGUUACCUCCAUGCAACUCAAGAGAACAAAAAAGAACUCUAUGAAGCAGUUGACAGUGAGGGAGCCAGAUAUAUGAGGAGAAGAACAUCUAAAUGGGAUUAAAGAGGUAGAUUAUUUCACAGUGUUAUAUUUGGUGCCCUGAGUUCCGAAAGCGGAAAGACUGAGUGUGAAAUGUCACGUGUAUUGCUGUUGAAGUACAGAAAAAGAAUAACAGUUGGCAACCGGACUUCUACAUUAAAUUAUAUUUUUCAAAACUGAAUCUGUGGUCUCCUCUUCACACAGAACAAAAGCUUCACCAACAGUUUCCUUGCACUAAAUCCCUUGAGAAAGUACCAUACAGGGGCCAGAAAUUCUUGGUUCAGUGUCCUGGUUGUCCCCCUUGUCCUGGUUUUGUGGGAUUUGGUGAAGAACAAUUCUGGAUUCACCUUGUUAGCACAUGUCAUGAAAAGUUACGCACUCUAACCAAAAGUGCUGCAAAUUUCCUUUGAACUCCUUCAGAACUCUCAGUGGGUAAUGUCUUGGUCCCAAUCAUUUGUUUAUAAGUUUGGGCUAGUGCAAUUUUUUGGACUCCCCACUCUGUCCCAGUUCCUCUGGCAUAUCUGCUUCAAAAGCCGUUUGGGCGUGGAAAUCUCCCAUAACGUUUUC